AUAAUGAAAUAAAGUAAGCCCUAAUAUCCACUUCGAGCCGGGUGUUGUUUCAUUUAUGUAAUAACAACCUACAGUUCAACAUGAAUAUAUAUUUGUCAACUUUCAUUGUAUUCGUGUUUAUACAUUGCACUAUAGGAAUUUCAAUUCGACAAGGUGCCAAAAAAGAUGACAAUCGUAUUCACGUGAACAGAAUAAAACCGAUGAUCAACGAUGAAGAAUCAGUCAAUAGAGACUAUGUCAGAAGAAAGAGAUAUCUAGGAUUGAGUAGAACAUACAAGCUUAAUAGGAGAUAUCAAGAAUGUGUAGCUGUUGGUGAUGUUAAAGGUCAUUGCAAACAUAUAGAUUUCUGCCCUAUGAAAGUUUUGAAUAACGCACCAAACGUUUUAAACUUUCUUUGUGUGAUAGAAAAGACGCAUGUUGGAGUUUGUUGUCCAGAUGAUAUAGCUCAAAGUGGAUAUGAAGGCUCUCAAAUAAUACAAGAUUUACCUGGAGGCGGUGAAGACUAUGAAAACGAAAAUACCACAGGUUGUGGUAUACCUGGAGACAAUAGAAUUAUUGGAGAUCAUCCUGUUCAACGUGCUGCAGUUCCAGAAUGGCCUUGGCUUGCAGCCAUCUACAUGGCUCAUACCAUUGGUGGACAGCAAAUUUGUGGAGGUUCGGUUAUAACAGCUCAACAUAUACUCACAGCCUCACAUUGUACGGUUGGGCUCAGAGAAGACGACAUAGCUGUUCGACUUGGCGAGUACAAUUUCAGGAUCAAAAACGAGACUAGAACAGCCGAUUUUGCUGUGAAAAAGAUCAUAAUGCACGAAGAAUUCGUAUUGGCAACUUAUACAAACGACAUAGCUAUAAUUGUACUGGCAAGACCAACGAGUUUCAACACUUACAUCUGGCCCAUUUGUCUCCCUCCCCAAAAUAUGGUAUACGAAAAGAAGAAUGCUGUGGUUGCAGGAUGGGGAAGACAAUCUUACGAAGGAGAACUUAGUCCUAUACUUUUAGAAGUUACCGUACCGAUUUGGACACAUAAAGAAUGUACCGCUGCAUUCUUGGAAUCAGUCACAGACGAUAAUAUCUGCGCUGCAGCUUACGAGGGUGGAAAAGAUUCAUGUUCUGGUGAUUCUGGGGGACCCUUGAACUACAAACUGGAGAAUGGUAGAUGGGUAGUUAUUGGAAUUGUCUCUUGGGGUAUUGGAUGUGCAGCAAAAGGAAGUCCAGGUGUCUAUGUUAAAGUAGCCAACUUCUUGCCGUGGAUUAUCAAGAACACUAUAGCGAAAUGAAUAUAGUCGUAUAUCUUUAUUAGCCUUCAAGUUACACAUUUGAAUAAAAUGUUUUAUAUUUAUCAACAUAUCAUAAAAUUUAUAAUAAAAAACAAAUCAAUAAACAGACGAAAAGGAACUUA